AUGGGAAGAAAGAGUAACCAACGCAAAUCGAGCGGAGCUCGCAGUCAUCACUCGUCGCAACGCUCGUCACUGCCACUGAUAACGAUGCCGCCCUUCAAGGAUGAGCAUAUCUUGCUAAUUGCGCCGGGUUCGCAAAUGACCUUGGCGCAGCUCGGCCUGCCUGAAACAUUCACGCCCGCGCGAUUUCGGUUCCCAACGCGCAUGUUCCCUGCUGAGAAGAAGGGAGAAUAUGAGCCUUACCGUGUUCUCGAGAGACGUCAAGAGGUCAAGGUCAACAAUGGCACGGACACAAAGCCGGACGUGGAGAUGAAGGACGCUGAAUCCGCUGCUGAUGGGACCACUGUCAAGACCGACGAAAAUACUCAGAAUAAUGACGAGUCAACCAAGACUAUUGAAGAAGUCUUCUACGAGGAGGACCUGGCAUCCGACGAAGGGGCAAUCUAUCCGAUCGAGAACGGGCGCAUCGUCGACUGGCCCUGUUUCUUCGCCCUGCUCACUCACAUCCACAAUACCUUGAGCCCACCUUUCCACACUCCGAUUAUGCUUGUUGGUCAGCCCGUCUGGUCCGCACGCGAUCGCGAAGCGAUCACUCAAUUCGUCUUCGAGAAGUUUAAGGCACCCGCGUUUAAUCUUAUGGACUCUGCUCUUGCGGCUUGCUACGGCUAUGGUACACCUACCGCCACUGUUGUCGAUGUUGGAAAGGGCAAGGUUGAUGUCACUGCUGUGACCGACUUCGCGGUCAACGAACACGGCAGAGGAAUCGCACUGGAGGGGUGUGGUGGAGACGCUAUGACCGAUCGUCUUGUUGAGCUGCUGGGUCCGAAGGGAUUUACCAGAGAGAUGUGCGAGCAACUCAAGCGAAGCAAUAUUACUGAGAUUCUUCCCCCAGGAACCCCACUGCCUGGUUCCUCUGCUACUGCUCGCCAGGGCGCCAACCCUGCUGCUGUUGCCUCGACGGGCGGAUCAGAAGGAGAUGAGUCGGCUCCGCGCGGUCCAGGAGACGGCACUCAGACAGGAAUAGAGGGGGAUAAUGGUGACGAUGAUGAGGGUGUUCUCGAUGUCGCUGCGAUUGUCAGCGGCAACCCCACUGAAUACCUUGCCAAUGUCGAGAAGGAGAAGACAACUACCAAGAAAGGCGCAGCUGACCCCAAGGGAACCCGCCUGCCUAACUCGAAAAAAGAGAAGGCGUCCUUCCAGUUCGAGGAAUUUGUUCCGGUGGAAGGAGAGAAGGCUGCAGCCCACGGUGCUCGGCAGUACACUCGUCGUACUCGAGAUAUUGAAGUCAGUGUUGAGCGUUUUCUUUUGACUUCGCCGCGCUCGAAGGUUGGAAACCGCUUGACCAGCGGUAUCCUCGAGGACAUUGCGACUCAGAUUCACCACACUAUUCUUGCCGUUCCAGAUGCUACAAAGCGAAGCGAGCUUUGGGACUCUUUAAUUAUCGUUGGAUGUGGAAGCAAAGUCAAGGGUUUCACACAGGCCUUGCUGGCUGUCAUCACGCAAAAGUUCAUACUUUCUCCAUCCGGCACCAUCUUCACGUCUGAAAUUCCUUCGAACUUCACCACCCCUCUUCCAACCGGUGCCAACACACCCGCUCCUGGCCAGAUGUACCACCCCUCGGCAGCUGGAGUAAACCCUCUCCUUGUGGCUGCAACUCACAACAACCCCGGUAUGCCCGGCACGCCCUCCAUGGACCCCGGCAUGUUGUCACACUACCGCUCAACCGGCCACUCCCAAACCCCAACCUCAGUCAAGACUCUAAAGCUUCCUGAGUAUUUCCCGGACUUCAAAGACCAGGGCAACAGCAACGCUCCCGGCGCCAGUGGUGGCAGUGCUGGGGGUAACCCAGGAGCGUCCGGCACAUCCCAGGGUGGCCAUGGAAUAGAAGAGGCCAUUUUCCUCGGCGCUCAGAUGGCCGCCAAGGUUUUCUUUGUCAUUGAUCAGGGUCUCAGCAAGGGUUACAUGAGCCGUGUUGAGUACAACGAGAGCGGGCCGUCUGCAAUCCACGAGUACAUCUUGUAA